AUGAAACUCAAGGAGAUCCACCGCACUUCCGCUUUUGCGUGGUCUCCAGCAUCUGCUAUUCCUGUACUGGCUACGGGAACCGUUGCUGGAGCCCUUGAUGAGUCCUUCUCGAAUGAUUCCCGCCUGGAGAUAUGGUGUCCAGACUAUCUCAAUCGUGACGAAUACCACCUAGGAGGUGAAGGACAUGCACAAGCUAAUCAUUCUAUAACAAUAGCAUCCAGAUUCAAUCGACUCGCGUGGGGAGCUGUUGACGCGUCAAGACCACAAGGAGUACUUGCUGCUGGUAUGGAGAGCGGAGAGUUAGGACUUUGGGAUCCAGAGAAAAUCGUUGCGGGAGCGGACGUGGCAGAUGCAACAAUCCAUAAGACCAAAGCUCAUGAUGGGGCUGUCCGUGGUCUUGACUUUAAUCCAAUCGCCAAAAACUUGCUUGCUUCGGGAGCUACGAAUGGACAAAUCCUUCAUCCCCUUAUUCCCCGGGUGGACGCAGUAGUCGCUUGGACGAAAUCACUGCCCUGUCCUGGAAUAGCAGCGCUCAACAAAUCUUGGCUACAUCUAGCAGCACAGGCCGGAGGAGGACCAAUGCAAAGUAGCCGCCGUGGACAAAGUGCUGUGGCAUGGCACCCUAACAAUGACGACGCUUCACCAAUCAUUAUGCUAUGGGAUUUGCGCAAUGCCAGAGCCCCAGAGAAGGUCAGGCGUUUUCAUUCAUGGAUUUCUUUUGAACUCCAAAACCUAUUGCUCUCUUGUGGUAAAGAUAGUAGAACGAUUGUAUGGAACCCACAAAGUGCUGAAAUAAUUGGAGAGCUUCCCGCAGCAUCCAACUGGGCUUACCAGGUAGAAUGGUGUCCUCGUGACCCCGAGAUUCUAGCAACGGCAUCUUUCGAUGGAUCUAUCGGUAUUCACUCGCUACAAUCUACGAACCAACAAGCUGGGACUACCCCUGGUCCCAGUGAUACGGACGACGUCUUUGCUCCUAGCUAUCAUCUGGAUCUCGAAACUACAUUAUCACUGAAACAAACGCCACAGUGGAUGAAACGUCCCGUUAAUGGGGCUUUUGGGUAUGGCGGGCUGUUUGUGACGGUUUCCAACCUUCCAGGAGCGUCCGGUCAGCACCAAAGUUGCGUUGUUCAUCUUCGCUCAGUGGCCACAGAAGACUCUAUCAUAACACGAGCCAAGACCUUCGCCGAGGCAUCGAAAGAUGCGACUUCGUUGGCCACAUUUGCAAGUGACAAGGCCGCCAAAUCUGCCUCGGAUCCGGAAGAGGAAGCAUCCUGGAAAGCAUUGUCUAGUCUCUUUGAUAGUGGAUCCCGAGAUCAACUGAUAGCGCUCCUGGGAUUCUCGAAAGAAAAAGUGGCAGCCAAGGUUUCAGAAGCCAUCAAGAAUUUGCAAGGUGCCACUCCUAUACCCAGCCAAAAGGCUCUCACAGAGACAACGCCCACCUCAGAGACUGCACCAAAGCUAGAGGACAAAGAAGAGGAAACACAAAUCAAGAUAGAACCUGAAGAGGUAGAUCUUUCGAGCCUGGCUUCCAAGUCCAGUGCAUCUCUUUUUGGUGAUGUAGAAGGCACUCCAACUGGAGAUGCCGAAGCAGACUUUUUCAGUUCUAUGGGAGCCGCACCUUCCGCCAUCCCUCCACACCUGAGAAUCCCACACUCUGAUCCAAAGGGUGAAUCUUCAGCGGCAGCUACACAAGGCUCACCAACAUCCGUAACACCUUCCGAGAUUGGCAAGAGCAAUACCUUCCGCAUCUAUCCUGAUGAUGAGUCUAACGUAGACAAGCUGGUGACACAAGCACUAGUUCUGGGAGACUUUGCUUCAGCCGUAGAACUCUGCCUGUCUGCAGAGCGAUACGCUGAUGCUAUUCUUCUAGCGGUGAAAGGAGGACCUGAAUUGUUGCGGAACACCCAACAGAAAUACUUUGAACGUAGUACCACCAAGCUCCCCUAUCUACGACUAUAUCACUCUAUUGUUGGCAGCGACCUUGCCGACAUUGUACAGAAUGCAGACCUCAAGGAAUGGCAAGAAGUCUUUGUCAUAGUCUGUACCUAUGCGACCCAAGAGGAAUUCUCUAGUCUUGUUGAACAGCUCGGAAUCCGACUAGAGUUCCAAGGAUCACUAGUCAAGGGUUCAGGUGCAGACGAUGCAGACGAAAAGGUACGACUCCUGCGGAAGCACGCCACUCUUUGCUAUCUUGCUGCUGGUAAUUUGGAGAAGGUGGUCAACAUUUGGAUCGAGGAAAUGGCGGAGGAGCAGGAUGCCUAUGCUUCUGAUCCUUCCGAAGCUCCAAAGGAUGCAUCCAAAUAUACUGCACACGCCCAAGCUCUGCAAACCUUUAUGGAAAAG